UCAUCUCUGCUUCCAACAAGCUUCGAUUUAAUGGAAGACCAUCAUCAAGAAUUCGAGAAGCCCAUCUUCGUAUUCGUCCCUAACAAGCUCAGAAACUCUCGAGUUUCGAGAAAUCGCAAGAUGAAGAAUGGCUUCAGAGAAUCUAUGAGUCACUACGAAGAGCUGUCUUGCUACUACGGAUUGAGGAAGAACCCGAAGAAAAUCCAGAAAUCUCUACUCGUUCAACCAAGAAGGAAUAAGAAGAGUUUGAUUCGAUGCAAAGAAUGCGGGAAAGGGUUUCUUUACGAGAAAUGUCUGCUGAAUCAUCGCCUAGUGACGCAUUCUGAAGAAUCUGUUGUGAGAACAAGUUUGUUGUGUAGCUUCAGUGUUGUGCAGAAGAGAAAGAGAUCGAAGAGAGUUUCCAGGUACAAGAAGAAGAGUACUCGAUUCUCUGUUUCUUCUUCUUCUUCUUCGUUUACAAUGUUUCCUGUUUCUGUGGAUGAUGAUGGGGAGUUAUUAGAAGUGGCUGAGUCUCUGAUUCUGUUGUCUAUGAGUGGUGGUAAGUUCUUGAAUGUUUUAGAACUCUUUGGUAAAGCUCUAGAUUCGAAUCAGAGAGAAUCUGGAUAUGGCUUUUUGAGGAAUGAGCAAAAACUUGUUGCUGAAGAAGAUAGGGUUGUGAGUAAUGAGCAGAAGAAACUUUUGGGAAUUAGCACAGAAUCUGAUGGAACAUGGAAAGAGCUUUCGGAUUUCUUGGCAGACAAGAAGGUUAGGGAAGACGAUGAAUCGGGUCAGCAGAAGCAGGUAGGAGGAGCUGGAAUGCUUAGAGAAGCAACCGAACAGAAACUUGUUCGUCAAGAAACUACGUUUGAAGAUUCAAAUUCAGGAAAUAAAAGUUUACAGAUGAACAUUGAUGAGCAUCGGUGUGGGCUCUGUGACAAGGUUUUCUCGACGUAUCAAGCUCUUGGUGGUCAUCAGACGUUUCACAGAAUAAGAAACAAGUCCAAAAGUCAAACCAAGAGUUGUAGAGACGAAUCAGUGGAAGUUGGGAGCUGAGAUUAAUGGGUCAGUGACGUUGAGACGUAAAGUGCAGAGUACUGUGCUCAAGGCUUUAGGUCAGUUCAGGCUUUAAGAGGCUACAAGAAGUGUCACAACACGAGAUCAAAUGAUGGAGAGAACCUUUAGCUGUGAUGUUGUUGUUUUUGUGUGGGUGUUGAAACUCAAUUGUUGCUGUCUUUGUUACUUGUUUAGCUGUGUGAUGUUUGUAUUUUGGUACGUAAGAGUAGAGGGGAGACUUUGUUUA